UUCAUCAAAGCAUUGUUGACAGUCACUCUGUUGUCAUUGACAGUGUAGCAGAGUUGAAGAUCACUAGUCCAACAUAGACUCUGAGAACAACAAGGUUAACUUCUGUUAUUAGAAAGGAGCUGGUAGCUGCUUCUGAGAGGGAACAGAUGCCAGCAGAGGCAGAGAGCGCCAAACUCCCCAGCACCUCUUCUGGAAUGUUGACCCGGUCUGGAGAGAAGCAUCACCAUCUGGAGAGGCAGAGGGAGGUGACUAGGGCACUGGUCAUCAAGAGUUCUCCAGAUGAAUUUACACCUGAAAUUCAUGAUCAGGACAACAGGGGAGAGUACCGUUUCCAGUGCCCCCAUGCAGGUCUGUUCCAGUGCAGUAUAACAGGCCUGGUGUUUAGGAUGGAGGGAGAGGCAGAGGUGCUCUAUAUGACAGUCCCCUGGGACAGGAUGCUUCUAUCCCAGAGAGGCAAGAGACCUGCAGGACCCCUGUUCAAGUUUACAUGCCUUAAGGGGUCUGUCAGUCAACUACACCUUCCACACUGUGAGAUUCAUUCUGAGGGUGGAUGUGACUUCCUGUCUGUAGCCCAUGUGACUGAUGAUGACAGUAUGGAGUUUCUCCAUCACCAUGAGACAAGAGAAACUCAUGUCAUAUUAAACAUCACUCAAUUCAGCAAAUAUGGCAUCACCAAGGAUAAGGAAGCUCCUGUCUCUCCUAUCCGUGCUCUGGUGCUACUAUUUUACAAACUCCCAGAUGAUAACAAUAAUUCCACCCUAAGUGUGUUGUUGCUGCCCAGAAAUGUUGACAUUGAUGAGGUGUGUAAGACAAGGAGGACAAGGAAUGGAGACCGAGAAAUCUACAUUGAAAUAAAUCCUAACUGUAGACUAACCCGGGACCAAGAAUACACCCUCUCCACCGAUCUAACAGAUGAACAUCACAUAGAUCCAGAGAAUGCAGAGUUUGUGGAUUAUGAUUCCUAUACAAACUACAUGCCAACAUUUCAGUUGCGUUUAAAAACUGUUGUUGAAGAAGUGAAUCUUCUUCUGGAAGAACAUGGCGGUCCUGAAAAUGAACGUAUAUGGGACCGCCUUGUUUCACUACCAGUUACACCUCCAGAUGGCGCUAGAGCAGCAUCCAAACUGCAUGAACCUGCUGCUCCCCUUAUGGACAUUUCAACCCACCCCCCUCAACAGUCCACUCUGCCCCCCACCUCAAUGAAGCUGGUAGCCGCUUCUGAGAGGGAACAGAAGCCAGCAGGGGCAAAGAGGGCCAAACUCCCCAGCACCUCUUCUGGAAUGUUGACCCGGUCUGGAGAGAAGCGUCGCCAUCUGGAAAGGAAGGGGGCUAAGGCACUGGCCAUCAGGAGACCCUCCAUGUUAGCUGUUCUAGACCUGCUGCUGACCACUCUGCAGGAGCUCACUGAAGAACAGCUGAAGACAUUUCAGUCUCACCUGACUAGUGGCAGGAUGUUAGACUUUCCUCCCAUCCCAGAGAGUCAGCUGGAGAACACUGACAGACAGGACACAGUGGAUCAGAUGGUGGAGAGAUAUGGCCCUGAGGGAGCUGUGGAGAUCACAGUGGAGAUCCUGAGGGAGAUGAAUCAGCAUGAUCUCGCUAAGAAGUUACAAAGAGAUCACAGAGGAAAGAAACAGAAAAAAAUUACACCACCAGCUGGCAAUGCAGCAGUUUUUAAAGGGACGAAACCAAAUGUUUCUUAUCUGCUGCUGGGCACUCUGGCAGAGCUGGUUUCAGAAGAGCUGAAGUUAUUUCAGUGGCACCUGAUUCAGGGUGUGGAGGGCUUUACUUCAAUCCCACGGGGCCAGCUGGAGAACGCUAACAGACUGGUCACAGUGGAUAGGAUGGUGCAGCAAUACCACGAGGACGGUGCUGUGACGAUCACACUAGAGAUCCUGAGGAAGAUGGACCAGAACAAAAUGGCUGAUGAGUUAGAGAAGAAGUUCCCAAACAAUGUCUGAACUGUAUACAGUAUGUCUACAACUCUAUAUGCAUUCGCACAUCAAGUCUUCUCUUGAGAUGGGCUCGGGGAUGGAACAACGGUUGAACAUCUGUGGUUGUUUGUGGGGGAAGGGUGGAUAGUGUGUGUGACUGUGGGUGUGUGUAUGUAUCCCACAUAUGUUGCUAUGAGGUAAUGGUGUUAGGGACAAUAUAGGAUGAAUCACAAUAAUUAUUUGACAUAAUAAUAAUUGCUUGCCAAAAAUGUGAUUUUUGUAAUGCCAGUCCUGGUUAUAGGUAACAAUCCUUUGUAUGAACUGCCUAGAUUAUUGCUCAUAACUAUUUGUUAAUUGUGGAAAUAACACAUUUGCAAAUCAUGUCUUCUCUUAAGUUGGGCUCUGGGAUGGAGCAACUGUUGAACAUCUUUGUGAGAGAAGGGUGGUGUAUGUAUCCCACAUCUGUUGCUAUGGUGUCAGGGACAAUAUAGGAGGAAUCACAAAAAUUGUUUCCAAAAUAAUAAUUGCUUACCAAAAAUAAAAAAAAUGCGUAAU